CAGGCAACUGAGACGAUGCAGAAUGCCACGCCGGCUCCAUGAUGCAACCUGACAACUGUUUCAUUGGCUCAAGUUUGCUCAGAGAGUCUAGAGUACCUGACAAGCUUCCAGAGCUCGGUCAAGUCGCGAACGGCCGCUCAUCCCAAACGACCACACAUUGUGAAAUCAAAUCCGGCACUCAAACCGGCGUUCCCAGGUCUCCUACAUUCCUUCCAGUCAAGCAAAUAACUUGCUUCAAUCCAGCAUCGUGAUCAAUCACGACUCCACACAUUCAGCCACCGUGGCGUCAAAGGUGAUGAGAGGUUUUCAAGAUCAUGCCACCAAUUGAAACCGCCACCGAAAGAGCCGGCGAUUCACCGAUCACUUAAAGAUGCAGCACGCAGACCAGGAUUAGAUUUCCUUUUGAUAUCUCUCACUUAUGUUGCAAUUAUUGAUGAAUUUUGAUGCUGUGUACAGUCCAGUAUGGAAACACGAAGUUCGAGUUUCAGUGAACUCGGGGGUCGAUUGUGGGCUACAGGCAGAACAAAGGAGGGCCCGGAGGACCCGUUGAAGAGGGCAGAGAAGGCUAUGGGAAAGGAAUGGUUUGCUGUAACCGCUUUCCCUCUAUUUGCUGGCACGUUUGGUACAAUCGCCAGUGCCCUGAAUGUGUGUGCCUUGGUGGAGCCAUGGCGCUGCAAGGUUGUCAACGAUGUUGUGAAUUAUGUUGAUGAUCCAGCUUGGCUUAUCGGCAUCAACGCCUGCUCGAUCUUCUUUGGAGUGAUGGCGAAUCUCGCCAUAUUGCCAGUCAUGGGUGAUGGAUCGAGUUCUCUGACGAAGCGUGGCCUUAACAGUUUAAAUCUCGUUUGGAUCACCAUAGUGGGAGGAUUCCUGGCUUCUUUCAUUCUAAUCGCGUUGGUGAUUGCCACUGCUGUUGCCCUCCCACUACGGUCCCCUCUCAAACGCACCUUCACACAAGCAUACUAUUUCGCCAUCAUGGCGGCAGUCCUAUAUUCUGUCACCUCGGCAUUCAUUGUAUACACUGCCCAUAUGCUACGACGCAGUCAACAGACCAGAGAGCAAAUCAGGAAGGAGUUUUCGCAGGGCCACCGCGGCCUGAAGUUACUGACCAUGCUAUUCAUGGCGUAUCUACUGCUCGGCGCCCUCGUAUUCUCACAAAUCGAGGGAUGGGGAUAUCUCGAUGCAGUUUUCUGGGCAGAUGUCACUAUUCUCACCGUCGGAUUCGGAGAUUUCAAGCCGGAGACUCAUCUUGGACGCUCUCUACUGUUCCCCUAUGCCACGUUUGGAAUCUUCAUACUAUUUCUCGUCAUCUACGCCAUUACAAGUGUAGUCUUCGAGCGGGGCAAGUCAGCAUGGGAAGUUCGUCUGCGGGAUCAAGAAAGAAGGCACCAUGUUCAAAAGCGAAACAAAGACCAAUCAGCUGAAAGCACCCAGGCCAAGCCUGACGACCCUCCAUCCGAUUCAGUACCCAGAUCAAAAGAGACAAUCGCUCACAACGAGCGAGAAGCAAGAAGACGAGAUUUCAGCACGAUGAAGUUCAUCAUAUUGAGGGCCGCAAGGAAGCGAAUCCUAUAUUCCAUGAGUCUGUGGUUCUUCUUCGCGCUUUUUCUGUGGCUCGUCGGUGCGGUUGUGUUUUAUCGAGCGGAGAAGGAUCAAAGGUGGACUUAUUUCCAUGCAGUCUACUUUACUUUUGUCUCACUUCUGGCCAUCGGAUACGGAGACGUUACCCUCAAAAGCAUGCUUGGAAAGGCAUUCUUCGUUCUAUGGUCACUGGUAGUUGUACCCACGCUCACAAUGCUGAUCAGCACUGGCACCGAAGCGGUUGGGAUACCCUACCUGACAGGAUUGAAAAAGUGGUACAGUCAGAAAUUCCACCCACAGCCCCCGAAGACUAGGAAGCAUCUCUCUGCUGGCCUGGUCCCAAUUGAACAACUCCCCAACAACAUCCAUGACAAAAACCACCUUCUAGUCCAAGCAAUCAAGCACGUAGCCAUCGACCACAUCAAAAACCAAGAGAACCCCCAGCAUGAAUACACUUUCGACGACUGGGAAUACAUCUUCUAUCUCAUGGGUGUUUUGGAACCAUCAUCAGGUUAUCAGAAUGCCAAUAAUGGAGAUCGUGGCAAUGGGGGAGAGAAGAGUUCGCCGAGAUUGCAACGAACUGGUCUCGAGGAGUGGACGGAGGGCGGCCAGAUUUUGGACUGGCUUCAUGGGAAGAAUCCGCUGAACGUUAGUGAGACGCUGACUGAGUGGGUUCUGUUGACGCUUGUUGAGAAGCUGGAAGCGGAGCUUCUUGAGCUGAGGAAAGAGUUGGGAAACACGGCUGGGAUGUGACGAGACGGCCUCGGAUCUUCAGAAUCGCGCCGGGCUUCUUCGCUAAGCUAGGUGGGAAUCGCCAGGAAAGAGGUCAGAAGUUGAAAAGAAAAUCGGUGUGCCCCUGCCAACCCCUGCAACACCCCUGUUUUGCUCGAGUAGCAUUCCUAAAACAUGGUUGUACGCCCAGAGGAGUAAUUUUUGAUCUCGACUCUCUUUUAAUUGCAUAAAGCACCCGUUCUAGGGUCUGCCCAGAGAGAGUGCUUAUGAAAUUGAAAAUUUAAUCCCCUUCUGGCCCCCUUCCCCCGCG